GAUGUCUCGAACCAUUGAGAAAACACGAGUUGUGGCGCUUGAACUAUAUCCGGUUUCAUCCACAGGAAGUGCAUAAAAUAGAAACUGGUAAAUAUUUUUCAGACAUUUUGUGAAUAUAUCAAGAGAACAAAGAGGAUUUAAUAUUUCCAGAUGAGCUCGUCAUCAAAAAGAAGGAAUUCAGAGAAAAGGAAGGAGAAAUCUCGCGAUGCAGCUCGCUGUCGACGCGGCAGGGAGACAGAGAUUUUCUCUGAGCUGGCGGACCAAAUCCCACAAUACAGCGGAGGUCACAGUUCACUGGAUAAGGCCUCCAUAAUGAGGCUUGCCAUCAGUUACCUGAAAGUCAGUAAAAUAAUGGAGACCCAGCGUAACAAUAGACAUGCCCCGUGUGAGGAGUUUGAUUCUCUCUACAGUAAGGCUCUGGACGGAUUUGUGGCCAUCUUGUCUAAUGAAGGGGACCUCGUCUACAUCUCUGAAAGUGUCUCCAAAUAUCUGGGCAUUCAGCAGGUGGACCUAGUGGGGCAGUCCAUUUAUGAAUUUGUUCACCCCUGCGACCAUGAAGACAUUACGGACAUUUUCCACAAUAAUGGCCGCGACAAGAAAAAGUCCAAAGAUGCCCACCACACUUUCUUUGUCAGGAUGAAAUGUACGCUGACUAACAAGGGCAAAAAUGUCAACCUUAAGUCAGCCACUUACAAGGUGAUUAAGUUUUCGGGGAAGUUGAUUGAGGACAAGGUUAAGAAGGAGUCCGGGGGAGAGGGGAACCCUCCCUAUCUGCUGGUGAUUGGGGAACCCAUACCCCACCCCUCAAACAUUGAGAUCCCCCUGGAUAGAAUGACGUUCCUCAGCAGGCACAACAUGGACAUGAAAUUCACGUAUUGUGAUGACAGGGUGAAGGAUCUGCUGGGCUACAACUGUUCAGACCUGAUCAACAAAUCUCUGUUUGACUAUCAUCAUGCUAUGGACAGUGAGCUCAUUGACCAGGCCUAUAAAUACUUGGUUGCUAAGGGACAAGUGAUGACCAGUCAGUAUCGAUUCCUGGCCAAAACGGGGGGACACGUCUGGGUCAUCACUCAGGGGACGGUCAUCUACAACAGCCGCACCCAGAAACCCCAGUGUGUGGUCUGUGUCCACUAUGUUCUCAGUGGAAUUGAGAAUCCGAGCCUGAUUCUGUCCACAUCUCAGCAGACAUACAGCCAGCAAUUACCCAUAAUCCCACUGGAGAUCAAACUCAGCACCGAGGAUGUCUUCAAACCGCGGCCUGAAAACGUUAAAGUGGACGAGUUCUACUUCCCGCCGGGCAGCAAGAUGUCCUCCAUGAAAAUUGACAAGAAUGUAGAUCUGACCCACCUGGCUCCAACCUCCGGGGAUAUCUGUGUACCCCUGAUUGAUGAGAACUGUGUUCCGUUCUCCACUAACUUGCCACUUCCUGUUCUGAAAGAGGAGCCGGAUGUCUUCAGUAAGCGGGUCUGUUCUCAGCAGGCUUACUCCCCGUUAUCAAGUCCUGCGUCUGUAAGUCCAGCACCCGUCAGCCCUAUGGACUACACUAACCCCCUGACCCCAAGUGUAGUGGAUGCCAUGGAUAAGUUUUUCUCUGCCGUGGACACCUACCCCAGGAAAGACCACGCAGCUGCCGACCUUGACUUGGAUAUGAGGGCCCCUUACAUCCCCAUGAAUAAGAAGGAGGACUUUAGCUUACUGCCCCCCACCAGUGAUGCGUUGUUUACCAUCAACAAUGACUUCAAUCCAGGUUUGUUUGGACGCACAGAGUCUGUGUUUGUACCAAAGGAUAAACUAUACCAGGACCCACCCAAGGAAGCCCGCAUGAGUAUUCGCGACAUGUUAGUAGGAAGUACUGCUGUGGCUAGCAUCGAACAGCCCCCCGAUACGUUUAAUCUGCAGAUGAAGCGCCCCCUAGACAUGAACAGUCUGGAGAAAGGACCGCCUACAAAGAAACGCUUUAUGCAGGAGUAUCAGGAGCCUCCUAAAAAGCACAGUGUAUUGAUGAGCCUCCUGGUGAAUGGCGAGGACCCUCCCACGGGGUACUCCGUCCACAAAACGCAGCCUCAAAAGCAGCCCAAAGCAUAUUUUCCAGCAUUGCAAACCAAGGGGAACAACUCUGGUGGUAAGAAAAUGUUUCCUAAUCCGGGCUUGGAGGAGGAAGUGAUAGAAACUCCAGACGUCUUGCUCCAGAAUCCGGAUUUGCUUGCUGCCCUGGAGCUGUUUUUGCCGAAUUCCGAGCUAAUGUGACAUCGUUUUUAUUGUAUCCAUGGUAACUGAUUUUGUGAUGCCACAAAGAAGGAGAAAAACAGGGACUUAUCAUUGCUAUGGAACAUUUAUUGUUGCUAUGUAACAUUUACUUUUGUAUUGUCACUAGUUGUGUUGUUUUAACAUAAAAAAAAUGCUUUAAGAUUUAUUUGUUAUAUAACAUUUAGUAUCCAGUGUUGUUAGGAUCCGUUGUUAUAAUUGUUUGUAGGUUUCAGUUGUUUUUUUUUUUUGUUUUGUUUUUUGUUUUUUUUUUAAUUAAUUGGCAACAUUUGUUACAGAUUUAGGAAUUUGUGAAUGGAAAAAAAAGACAUUUGCUUAUUUUAGCAUAUAAAUCAUGUUUGAGGGUGCAAAAAAACUGCUUAUAGAUUUGGAGCUUUUCAAAUUGCCAGAUAUGAUUUUACAACUUGUCAAAUGUCAAUAAUUUAUUUUUUGUUGCUGCUGUUCAGCUCAUCAAUUUAUCCUGCUCAUUUUUUUCCACCACAACUUUUAGCACUACAUAACUACCGUAAUCAAAAACUCAAUCUUAUUUUAUGAAGAGAUAUUUUCAUAUAUUUUUCUCUAAAGGAAAAAAAAUGCAUUAAAAAAGUUUAUUAAAAAAAAAAUCAAAAAUUGAAGAAAAAAAAGUUUUAAAAAAAUUAAAAUUAAAAAAAUAAAAAAAAAAAAAUAAAAAAAAUAAAAAAAAAAAGAAGAAAAUUAAAAAAAAAAUUAUAGGAUAGGAUAAAUUUGAUCAAUGUGAAAUGCGUUGUUGUGUUUAGUGCUUGCAUGUAUAUAAUGUAGUGAGUUUGUUGAUAAUGUAGUGCUGAUACGUACACAAUUUUCUAUGUUCUACAAAUGCUGCCAUAAGAAAGUUUUACAUUGGAGAUUAUAAUAAUUUCUGUAUCAGCUCUCUCAUUGUUUCAUGUAAUUAACAUGGGAAUUUGCUUUUGAGAAUCAUUUUUUCUUUUUAUUCCCUAACCCUGAUGGUAACUCUGACCCUUGCUGUUUAUUUGCAAGUAAAUUUUUGCCUAACUAUCUGUCUCUCAGUUUGGCCCAGAAGCUUGUAGUAGAUUUAUCAUUAAUGAGAUCAUUUGAUUUUCACUAGAACUAAGAUCAGUGAUUAUAGAUUCAAACUUGUUUGCAUGCUCUCAGUAUACAUUAUCCACAAAAUAUUUUUCGAUAUUUUCAUAAUUGACAGAUAUUUAUUGUUCACUUUUAUGGAAAUAGCCAGGUUGUAUUUUCGUUUGAAAGCCCUCCAGGGCUCCGUGGAUAAUUUGUUAGGAUCUGAGUGAAUUAUUCUGGGUUAUGUUUAUUAUGGUUUAGGGCAGUCUUGUUACUACAAGACCUAGUUUUAUUUUUGAUUUUUUUUUUUUUUAUAUAAAGGCAACUUAUGAAGGGUUAGUGGGGUGUGUCAUAUUGUACAGAAUUAUAAAGAUACUAGGCUUCAAAAUGUGGUUGAGAAAUUUGAUUGCAGAUGAAAAUAUUUUUUUUAUGAUGCAGUGUUGCCAUAAAAUUUUUAUGUUUUAAUUUCAUGUAAAUUCAGGACUCGUCAUCUCGAGCAGGACUCGAACGUUGUCAGUCUCGGUUAAAAAUAAAUUGGAAUUUAUGUCCUCAAGUGAAAAUUUUUAGCUGAAAAGAAUCAACAAAAAGCCUUUGUUUCUUUUAUACUCUAUAGAAUGUAAUAAUUUGUUUUUACUUGGACAACAUAGGAUAGUAAAUGUUGGUUUUUAUCUCCCUUUGAUAGUAAUUGUUGGUUAUUAUCUCCCUUUUGUCAUACAAUAUAAUUAUACAUUGUACCCACAACUCUUGUUGUGUGUGAGCCAUAUUCAUCAGUCCCUGAUUGUGGGGAAAAAAGUGUAUUUUGUUUUCAUGUGUAUCGUUCCUAUACAACUCACUGUAAAUGAACAUAUUGUAGUACAAUAAAAUAAAAAUAACAAAA